UAUUCCACCCUUCUUCUGCUUUCAACAUGCAUCGUCAGCCUAUUGUUGCUGGCUAUAGCAUAUCCAGCGUAUGUAGAAACUCAACCUCAGAAGUUGCUCAAAUAUAUCCCCCGUUUUCUAAACAAUCCCCCCCACCGUCGCAUGAAUCGUAGUCUACCCAGCUUGAUAUGAACAUUGACCAGGCGGUUAUGCGAGCAAAAGCUCUGUCGAAUUUCCUGUCCAAUAUGAUCAAUCUCCUGGACAAUGCACAGCAAGAUGUUUCCAAUAAUGAAAUGAUCAAGGACGCUCACAGGGAAUGCCGCCAGCUUUACGAGUAUAUCAACGAGCAACUGUGGUCUGUCAAUGAAACGGAUGAGAUCUCAGCGCUGACCGAGGCAAAUGAGGCUCUCUUACGUGCUUCAGAUGCGUAUGACCGUCUAGUGGCAUCAUGGCAGCAGUCUGGUCAUGAGGACAUGGAAGACGCAGAUUGGUAAGAUAACUCCCCCCCUCUCCUCGCCUUACUUGGUAAAUCUCUCACACAAACAUUUGUCUGGUAGGGAAUUGGUUGACUAUCAGCCUGCCACUGUUGCCUAAUCCCAAACACACCUCAAAAGUAUAAUGCAGCUUCGAUACCGUGCCAAUUCCCCCUUCCCAACUACCCAUCGCUGGCGAACAAAACAUCGUACUUGUUCCUCAUUCCAUUAUAAAUAUAUAUCAUUGUUUUCCCCGGCA